CUUUAAAGUAGGUACUUAGAUGUUUCAUUUUUCGUGUAAUGUGUUCAUGGAAUGGAAAGUACAUGUAAAAAGUAUUCAUUAACCCAUGCAUAGCAAUAUUACAGUUCUUUUUUAUCUUGACGACUUCUUGUUAUCGAAGAUAAAUAAAUGAAAACUGUAUGUGUGCUCAAGAGAUACCAUUAAUGAAAAAUAAAAAGGCACGACACGGUUCAUAAGUGAAAGUCGAACAUUUGUCGGUGACAUUUCAAUUUUGGAUGUUCUAUCAGUCGGUUAUAGAAAUGAACUCAACACGUAAAAUUUUAGUCUUCCUGUUAUUCAAUUUGAACGUUUUGUUUUUCUUGGGGUCGAAUUCAGUUUCAGCCUUUGGAGGAGAACCACUCACGCCAGGUAUUGCUAUUCGAAGUGGCAUUAGAGCAGCUAUUGAAAAAACAUCCAAAAUCCUCGGAUCAUGGAAACCGCUGACUAUUUUCACUCCUUUGAAAGAAUCGUGUUUGGCUAAUCUAACUUCACAAUCACUUGAUGUGAAAAUCCUUACUCCUGAAACCGUUUCCACCAUGACUGGCGGUAUUUUUGGUAAAGACGUUUACGAAUUUUACAAAUUCUCGCUGUAUUGGAAAAUUAUCAAAUCAUGCAAUACCACUAGUUUGGAAUCGCGAGUAUAUUACGUCAAUCUAAAAUACGGCUCGUUCCAAGAAGCUUCCAGACACGAAGACGGAGUUGUCGUGAUGAAUUUCCCAGUUGAUACGUAUGGAGAUUUCGAUAAUCCAGUAUUUGCCGCAUUUUCCGCAUUAAUACAGCACAAACUUAAACGUCCAGGAGACUGUACCAACGUUCUCAGCGCUUCUACCUACACUUGGUAUGUAACUUUCCCAUAUGGAAGUAUUUACAAUACUUACAAGGCGGACUUUAUCGAUGAUGAAACUGGAAAAAAAUAUACCGCUACUGUUAUUAACCUGCCGUUGGAUCCGCGAGUAAAUUACAUCUCAAAACAACAGUUUGCUGCUACUUUUGGGAAUUUGAAAGGUGUAAAUGAUGUGGAAGACGAAGGUACCUUGUUACAAGACACAAGUAAUGCUAAAACGCCAAUCGAAAGGCAUCAAGGAGUUUGUGUCUUAAAUCUGCCAGCGUGAUUUGUCUGCUUUCGAAAGACGCUAGUAUGUGAUUAUUGAGGAAUAAAAAUUUGGUUCAAUUA